AGCCCGCCGGGUGGCACGCUGACCUGCGAGCUGCAGGACUGUCCCUUCUGCGCCAGCCUCCUGGAAGACCCCGAGUUCGCCUUCAGCGAGUCCGACAGCUGCGACUCCGACAGCAACGGGGUCUACGAGUUCACCCAGGACCUGCGGCACGGCGACCACAGAGACCAGCUCCAGCAGCAGCGGGGCAGGAGGAGGAGGAAGAAGAAAAAACCCAAGGAGAGGAACAAGGUCACCCGCCUGUGGAAGGCUUUUGGCAGCAAGCUGAAGAGGAUCGUGGAGAGCAAGUACUUCAACCGGGGGAUCAUGAUAGCCAUUCUCAUCAACACGCUGAGCAUGGGCAUCGAGUACCAUGAGCAGCCGGACGAGUUGACCAACGCCUUGGAGAUCAGUAACAUCGUCUUCACAAGCAUGUUUGCCCUGGAGAUGCUCCUGAAACUCCUUGCCUUUGGCCUCUUCGGCUACAUCAAGAACCCGUACAACAUCUUUGACGGGAUCAUAGUUGUCAUCAGCGUCUGGGAGAUCAUCGGCCAGUCGGAUGGAGGCCUCUCUGUGCUACGAACUUUUCGGCUGCUCCGGGUGCUGAAACUGGUGCGUUUCAUGCCCGCCCUCCGUCGCCAGCUGGUGGUCCUGAUGAAGACAAUGGACAAUGUAGCCACCUUCUGCAUGUUGCUCAUGCUUUUCAUCUUUAUCUUCAGCAUUCUCGGCAUGCAUCUUUUUGGAUGCAAGUUCAGCCUGAAAACUGAUACAGGAGACACAGUUCCAGAUAGAAAGAAUUUCGAUUCCUUACUUUGGGCCAUUGUGACCGUAUUUCAGAUCCUCACUCAAGAGGACUGGAACGUGGUCCUGUACAAUGGGAUGGCGUCUACAUCCUCAUGGGCAGCACUCUACUUUGUGGCCCUGAUGACCUUCGGCAAUUAUGUGCUCUUCAACCUUCUUGUUGCCAUUCUGGUAGAAGGCUUCCAGGCAGAGGGUGAUGCCAAUAGGUCAGACACAGAUGAGGACAAGACAUCUGCCAACUUUGAUGAUGAUUUUGAGAAGCUAAAAGACCUCCGAGCAACAGAAAUGAAGAUGUACUCGCUUGCCGUCACCCCAAAUGGACACCUGGAGGGCAGGGGAAGCAUGCCACCUCCUAUAAUCAUGCGCACUGCUGCCACACCAAUGCCCACACCAAAGUGUUCCCCACACAUGGAUUCAGUGCACACUUUUGUGGACUCGAGGAGAGGGAGUAACGCUUCGCUAGACCCCUUGAGCUACGAUCAGAAGUCCUUGUCCAGCCUCCGCAGUUCCCCUUGCGCCAACUGGGGCAGCAGCAGCAACUGGGGAAGCCGCCGCUCAAGCUGGAAUAGCCUGGGCAGAGCCCCGAGCCUCAAGAAGAAGAACCAGUCAGGAGAAAGAGAGUCCUUGCUCUCUGGGGAGGGGAAAGGCAGCACAGACGAUGACUCCGAUGACGCCAAGUCCAGCACAGUCAGCAGGCCCUCGUUGCACCGCCGGGCCGAGUCCCUGGACUACCGCAGCUCCCUGGACCUGCCUGAGCUGCUCCAGUUGCCCACCAUGCGUCACUCGCUCAGUAUCAGCCCCAUCGCCGUUCUGCCUGCCGAGUACCAAGACUGCAACGGCAAGAUGGUUCACGUCCCCAGCGAGUUCUUCCUGCGUGUCGAUGGCCACAAAGAGGACGCCAUGGACUAUGAGGAUGACAUGGAGGAUAGUUACUGCUACCGAAUUCGUAAAGUCCUGGAGCCCUACAAACCACAGUGGUGCAAGAGUCAUGAAGACUGGUCCCUCUACUUGUUUUCUCCACAGAAUCGGUUCCGAGUGAUGUGCCAGAAGGUCAUUGCCCACAAAAUGUUUGAUCACGUGGUGCUGGUCUUCAUAUUUCUCAACUGCAUCACUAUAGCACUAGAGCGACCAGACAUAGACCCACACAGCACAGAAAGGAUAUUCCUAAGUGUUUCGAAUUACAUCUUCACUGCAAUCUUUGUGGCUGAAAUGAUGGUUAAGGUGGUAGCUCUUGGCUUUUUCUCUGGGGAGAACACCUAUCUGCAGAGCAGCUGGAACGUCCUGGAUGGAGUCCUUGUCUUUGUAUCUAUCAUUGACAUUAUUGUCUCCAUGGCAUCAGCAGGCGGAGCGAAGAUCCUGGGUGUCCUUCGCGUUUUGAGACUUCUGCGGACCUUGAGACCUCUCCGAGUCAUCAGCAGAGCCCCAGGUCUGAAGCUGGUAGUAGAAACCUUGAUCUCCUCCUUGAGGCCUAUCGGGAAUAUUGUUCUCAUCUGCUGUGCUUUCUUCAUUAUCUUUGGGAUUUUAGGGGUCCAGCUUUUUAAAGGCAAGUUCUACUACUGUGAUGGUCCUGAUGUAAAAAACAUCACUACGAAGACCGACUGCACUAACGCCCGCUACAAAUGGGUUCGGCGGAAGUACAAUUUUGACAAUUUGGGACAGGCCCUCAUGUCCUUGUUUGUCCUCUCCUCCAAAGAUGGCUGGGUGAACAUCAUGUACGAUGGCUUGGAUGCUGUGGGUAUUGACCAACAGCCCAUCCAGAACCAUAACCCUUGGAUGCUUCUCUACUUCAUCUCCUUCCUGCUCAUCGUCAGCUUCUUCGUGCUCAACAUGUUUGUGGGGGUGGUGGUGGAGAACUUUCACAAGUGCCGACAACACCAGGAGGCAGAGGAGGCCCGGCGUCGGGAGGAGAAGCGGCUGAGACGCUUGGAGAAAAAGCGCAGGAGUAAGGAGAUAUACCUGUCUGAAGCCCAGCGCAGGCCUUACUAUGCUGACUAUUCCCCAGCACGGAAGUACAUUCACACCCUCUGCACCAGCCACUAUCUCGACCUCUUCAUCACGUUCAUCAUCGGGGUCAAUGUCAUCACUAUGUCAAUGGAGCACUACAACCAGCCAAAGUCCCUGGAUGAAGCCCUGAAGUACUGCAACUAUGUGUUCACCAUAGUUUUCGUGUUCGAGGCAGUUCUGAAGUUGGUGGCAUUUGGUUUUCGAAGGUUCUUUAAGGACAGGUGGAAUCAGCUGGAUUUGGCCAUAGUUCUCUUGUCAAUUGUGGGAAUCACGCUGGAGGAAAUUGAGAUGAAUGCUGCGUUGCCCAUCAAUCCCACAAUAAUACGCAUCAUGCGCGUGCUGAGAAUAGCAAGAGUGCUGAAACUGCUUAAAAUGGCCACCGGGAUGCGAGCUCUCCUGGACACAGUGGUACAAGCGCUUCCCCAGGUAGGGAACCUUGGCCUACUUUUUAUGCUCCUGUUUUUUAUCUAUGCUGCCCUGGGAGUGGAAUUGUUUGGCAAGCUAGACUGCAGUGAAGAAAAUCCUUGUGAAGGUCUGAGCCGGCACGCAACUUUCACCAACUUUGGCAUGGCCUUUCUCACCCUCUUCAGGGUGUCAACAGGGGACAACUGGAAUGGUAUCAUGAAGGACACUCUCCGGGAAUGCACUCGGGAAGACAAGCACUGCCUCAGUUACCUGCCUGUUAUCUCUCCUGUCUACUUUGUCACCUUCGUCCUCAUCGCACAGUUUGUCCUAGUCAAUGUAGUGGUGGCAGUGCUGAUGAAGCACUUGGAGGAGAGCAACAAGGAGGCCAAGGAGGAUGCUGAGAUGGAUGCUGAGAUCGAGUUGGAGAUGUCCAGAGGACCAGGAUCACCCAACAGACCAGAAGGGCUGCAGCCCCCUCUGCUUGAGGAGAGACCUGGGCCACAGGACCCUCAAAACCUGCUGACAGUCCGCAAGAUCUCCGUUUCCCGUAUGCACUCCUUGCCCAACGACAGCUACAUGUUCCGGCCGGUGAUGCCAGCGAAAGCCCCCUUCCCCCUCCAUGAGGUGGAGAUGGAAACGUAUCCCUGCAAAUCCCAAAGAGGAUCCAUCACCUCCAUCUGCUCCCAGCCCGUGGGAACGUGUUCCUCUCUGAGAGUCCCAGCAGAGUCCCUCCGGCUGGCAGUCCGUUCUCCCAACCACGAAAGCCGCCACCGCUGGAAGAUCCUUCCCCCCCACGGCACACCUCGAUCUCCUCCUCUCAACAAGCUGCUGUGCAGACAGGAGGCCAUUCGAAGGGACUCCGUGGACGGGCAGCCUCCGGACCGCAAGGAUAGCCUGCAAGCAGAGCCU